AUGUGCGGCCACAGCCUGGACCAGCGGGAGGAGGCCCGCACGCUCUCCUGCGGCCACGUGUUCCACCUCCGCAAGGGUCCCAAGUGCGGGAGCAACAUCGACGACUGGCUCCGCGAGAACCGCAUGCGCUGCCCGGCCUGCUGCAAGCCCGUCCACCCCGUGUUGCCGUGGAAGGCGCCGCCGACAUCGGCGCCACCGCCCGCGCCCGCGCCCGUGCCACUGCCAGCGCAGUCGGCGCUGUCGUCGUCGACUUCGGAUUUGGAGGCUCAGGAGCCGCGGCGGAUGGAGUUGGAGCAGGGGCCACCGCGGCGGCUGGCGUUGGACCAGGGGCGACCGCGGUAUCCGCCGUCGAUGUGGUUCCAGGAUGCGCAACUGUAUGGGUCGCCGUCGCAGUAA